AUGUCUUUCAUGUUUGAUUUUGCGAGUCCUCAUGUUGCACUCACCGUGCUUGGCAUCGCCGCAUGCACAGGCGGUUUGAUCUACCUUCUCAGCUUGCUCAUCGACAGUCGCAAGAACGCCAAUAAGUUCCGGCGCGAUUCGUCACCAGGCCAGUCCACUGUGAGUACGGCCGAGAAACAGAGCUACGUGAACGCGUUCCCGCCGUCGCAGAGGGCCACUCUCGCCAAGCUCGGACCCCAGUAUGCCGGCAUCACGGAGGUGGACCUGGCCGCCACGCCGAAGCCCCUCCUCAAAAUGGGGACCGAUUACCGGUCUGCCCCGGCCGGAGAGUUCAACUUCAGCGGCUUUAGUGUCGAUGACAUCCGGUCUCUUGGUGACUUCCCCGACUACGCGACUCUGUCCGGUGUCCCGCUGCCAUCGCCGCUAAAGGACUUCGACAUCAAGAAGGCAGUCCCCCGGCCCUACCGUCCUUUCAGAUGGGCCUAUCACCAAACCAUGUCCCUUACAAAGAUGGAUACAGACUUCUGGAUCGAGCUUGAGAAUACAUAUCACGAACGCAUUGCACAGCGCCAAGAGCUGUACGCCAAACACGGAAACGCCGUUUUGGAUAGUCUUCCAGGCUGUGAGCUUGCUUGCAAAGAGCUCAUGGAGAUGGUUUUACAGUUCGUAUGUACGAGAUAUCCAAACCAAUUCCUGGUUAAGGACGGGGUUCUCUUCAACCGCAUCCUCAAUACCGAGACCGAUCUAAAGACUACUGAGCCGCUCAUCGUCCUUCUGAACAACAUCCCAGAGGACUUCGGUAUCAUGCUCAGAGACCACGAGACCGGGCGAUACUUCCUCCGGGGCGGCAUGGUCUGCUCUUCAGUGGGAUGGAACCUCAAGGACAAGGUCGGCCAGGGUUUGCCAGGCAUUCACAAGACAGUUCCUGACUACAAAGAAAAGAUGGAGUUCAGCAUGGAUCGCUUCUUCACCAAGAUGCCGACAUCUAAACCGAUUCAACGUGGAUCAUGGGGUCUGGAAAUGGGUCAACCGCUGUAUCUUCCAGCCGACCACCCGGACAUUGCCCACCGAGAGUCCCAGAACCCUGACUUGAAGCCCGAGGACGUCUACUUGCGAGUCGACUGGCAGACUCUGCGCCGACUCCCCCUCUCUGGCGCCGUUGUCUUCAACUUCAAGGCUUUAUUCACUCCGUUGUCAGAGUUCAAGGACGAGCCGUACAUUCCGUCCAUCGUGCUCAAGGUAUUAAACGAGGGCAAAGAAAAUAUUUUGAAGUACAAGGGCGUGUGGCACGUUGAGCAUGUUGCGAAACCAACAUUGGAGGCGUAUGAGCGAUUUCAGGUUGAGACGGGAAUGCUAGAGAAGGACUGGGUGCAUCAAACUCUGGCUGAAGCUCCAUUCUUCCCAGGUUGGGAGAGGAAGUGGGCUCUCACAAGGACGGGUCUCAACCCUCGUUCUAGAUCAGGCUGCGUAACCUGCAAAGCCAAACACCUUAAAUGUGACGAGUCCAGACCUGUUUGCCAACAGUGCACACGGAAGGGCAUCAAGUGCGGGGGCUAUGCGCAGGGCUUGAGAUGGUCAUUCAAACAUCAGCCAGCUCUUCAGAGCCUUUCUUUUGAGGACUACAAUCCCUCUCUGACGACUACAACGACGUCCCCGGAAAGGACAGCAGCGCCUCCGCCUGAACCUCGAAGUCGCAUUUCGAAGGAUAAGGCCUCCGGGUCGUUCAACAACCGAAGACAUCGCAACUCAGUAUCUUCGUCUUCAUCUUCCUCUAGAGGAACAGUAAUCACAUCUCGCAGUGAUGAGGAGCGUCAUGAGACUCCGGGCGGGACCCCGACGGGUCCUUUAGGGAGGGAUUUCGACGUCUCAAGGCCCCAAGUGAGCGAUUCGACCCGGCGACCAUCGGUGAACUCUGUAAUGCAAGCAUCUUCAGCAUCUUCAGCAUCUGCAGAAGAGAACACCCAACCAGAUUACCAGUUAACGAGUUGCAUCACCGAUACUUCAUCAGCCUUCAUCGUCAAUUGGUUUGAACAGGUCUGCCCAGCAUGGUCCGGCUUCGAUUCGAGCGCAAACAUGAACCGCAAGAUAGCGAUUGACCAUUGGCGGAACUCCUCCACGGUGUGUAGCUCACUCGAGAGCAUGUCGGCAGCCUUUCUGGCCUCCAGGAUGCCGAGCAUGCGCCAGUCUGCUCUCAGACUCAUGGGCAGGGCAACCGACUUCAUCCAGGCCGAGCUUGAACUCGUAAAGGCACAACCCGACUUGCGUGCCGUUCCGACCGGGCUUUUAUUCUCGCUAUUCUGUCUCGGAACGACGGUCUGUUGGGUAGAUUCGCGGGGCUUUGGCAUCCCGUUCCUCCGAGAAGCGCGAACUCUCAUUCAGCGACUGAACACGCACUCCAUAGUCCUCAGCGCCACCGGCUUGGACCUGCUGACCUUCUUCAACAAGAGCUUGGCAUAUUGCGAGAUGCUUCUAGCAGUGGUACGCGACGACGAACCCCUCGAAAGCCAGGACAAUGAAGACUUGGCUGCCAAUCAGCUUCAACUCAUCCAUGAACGGGAUCCCCAUCCAUGGACCGGGGUUUCCACGGUUAUCAACCGCCUAUUUGCAGAUUGCAUUCGACUUUGCCGAAGCUUUCGGCAUCGCAUGAGGCAAGGCAUGGAUCCGCAGCGGUACUUCUCUUCAGCGCUGCAGGACCUGAUCGUUGCUCAACGCCUCGAGGAACAGCUGUUGGAACUGGAAUUCCCUCCAGACAGCCCGGAUGUCGACACGGGAGAUUUCGCAACGCCAGUGUCUCACCUCGCAAAAGUUGCAGAGGCCUACCGCCUAUCUUCGUUGCUUCACCUCUACCAGACCUUUCCGGAUCUCGUUUCGCUUCGCCUUCCGACCGAGUCUCCCGUCACGGAGAGUGGCUCCGUACCAUGGGAUGAGUGGAUCAUUCCCCUCGCCCUUCGACUCGUCAAGGUCCUGGAGCACAUUCCUACAACAUCCGGCACUCGAGUGAUCCAGCCGCUGCUGUACAUCUCAGCUAGCACCGGUCUUCGGCACGACAAUUCCGCGUCGUCUGACAUGAUGAACAUUUUCGGUUCGCUCCAGCAAGACCUGAUGGGUGGCACGGGGUCGAGCGUCAUCAGCCCUCCGCCUUUGUUCGAUUCGCACAACCUGUCGUUGUACAUUAGCCAGAUGGCUUCUGCCCCGGUACCGGAGGAGCCCAUGGGCAAUCUCUCGGUCGACAUCAGCAGUGCCAGACAUUUUGUCAUGCGACGGUUGGGUAUCUUGGAGAGUAGCCUGCCGCCUGCGCCGGUGGUUGUUGCCAGAGAGCUGGUGCAAACCAUAUGGAGAGCCUACGACAGCGAGAUUGGAAUACCGACGAUUCACUGGAUCGAUAUAAUGGAGGACAACAACUUGCGACGCAUUACUCUUCCGUGCUUCGAAUCCUUGCCUGUCUGUGCCCGUUGGUAG